AUGAUCCAGCGGAUCCUCCUGGGGAGGCCGGGUCGGGGCGCGGGCGGCGAGCAGCUGGGGCAGCGGGCGGGCGCGGACACCGGGGCCCGGGCGCGGAUCCGGGCAGCGACCGAGGCGGCGGCGGCAGCAGCGCCCCGGGCCCGCCGCCCCCUCCCCUCGGGCGGGGGGAGCCGCUGCAUGGGGCCGGGGGGCCGGCCCGGCUGCGCGGAGCGGCGGCGGCGGCGGCCCCCCCAGGCGGGCUGGGGCUGA